GGAGCCGAACGUCAUUAUGAGAUGUCGUCUCCCCGAGCGUCUUUCGUGCAGAUCAGGUUCGAUGACAUCCUCUUCUACGAGAACUGCGGUGGCGGCAGCUUCGGGAGCGUAUACCGAGCCAGGUGGAUCUCCCAGGACAAAGAGGUGGCAGUAAAGAAACUGCUCAAGAUUGAAAACGAGGCUGAAAUCCUCAGCGUCCUCAGCCACCGUAACAUCAUCCAGUUUUAUGGUGCAAUUGUUGAGGCUCCCAACUAUGGAAUUGUCACCGAGUAUGCAGGCGGUGGCUCGCUGUACGAUUACCUGUUGAGUGACGAAAGUGAAAAGAUGGACAUCGGACAAAUCAUGAGCUGGGCUGCCGAAAUCGCUAGAGGAAUGCAUUAUUUGCAUUCAGAGGCCCCCGUUAAAGUCAUUCACAGAGACUUAAAAUCCAAAAAUGUUGUUUUAGCUGCAGACAAAGUUCUCAAGAUUUGUGAUUUUGGAGCGUCUAAGUUCCUGUCGCACACAACACACAUGUCUUUGGUGGGAACAUUUCCCUGGAUGGCCCCGGAGGUCAUCCAGAGCCUCCCUGUGUCCGAGACGUGUGACACCUUCUCCUACGGUGUGGUGCUUUGGGAAAUGCUCACCCGUGAGAUCCCCUUUAAAGGCCUGGAAGGCCUACAGGUGGCCUGGCUCGUCGUGGAGAAGAAUGAGAGGUUAACCAUCCCAAGUAGCUGCCCAUCCAGCUUCGCUGAGUUCAUGAGAAAGUGCUGGGCUACAGAGCCAAAAGAAAGGCCAAUGUUCAGGCAGAUCCUGUCUACCCUGGAGUCUAUGUCUCAAGACAGACAACUUCCUGAACAGUGCAACUCUUUCCUUCACAACAAGGCUGAAUGGAGGUGUGAGAUCGAAGCAACUCUCGAGAGGCUGAAGAAGUUGGAGCGAGACCUCAGCACCAAAGAGCAGGAGCUGAAGGAACGAGAGCGGCGGCUAAAGAUGUGGGAGCGUAAACUCAUCGAUCAGUCCAACAGUCCGCUGCUGCCCACUCUUGACAUUUACACCUGGACUGAGGAGCAUGUGUAUUUUUGGAUGCAGCACUUAUUUGGUGCAGGGGACGGUACAUGCGACAUGCAGCAUUAUGCCAACCUGUUUAAAGACAAUCACAUCACCGGGGAGAGGCUGCUGCUGCUCACAGACCACGACAUGCAGGACAUGGGGAUCAAGUCCAAAGGCCACGUCAUGCACCUAAAGGCUGAAAUCGAAAAGCUAGCCAAUGAAUACCUUGGGUUUCUCCACUUCCCACCUCUGCUCAAGGAUGACUUGGAAAAGGAGGUAGAACAGAGCAAAACUGUAAAUCUGGAGUUGGUGUUUGGGUUCCACUGGAAACCAGGAACAGGAAAGUCCGACUGCAAAUGGAAAAUGUACAUGGAACUUGACGGAGAUGAGAUUGCUAUAACCUACAUCAAAGAUGUCGUCUUUAAUGCCAACAGACAGGAUGUGGAAACUCUGCGAAUGACUAAGCCACCUUUUCUCAUGGAUAAGUGGAUCGUUGGAUUACAGCAGAACCAGAAGAUAGACUACACAGUCAAUUAUGAGAAUGAUGUCAAGUCACCAAAGGUGACAAAACACAGCAGCAUGGUGACAUGGAGCCACAGUGGUGGACAAGAUGAGAUCAAGACCGUGGAGCUCGUCAUUGAAACCAGCCCAGAUGACAUAGACCCCAGGAACGGCGCAAAAUGUGACAUAGAUCCCAUGUGGAUGCGUAACGUAAGGCAGAGGCACAUGAUAACCCAGAAAUCACAGCAGAAGACGGCCCCUCUGAUGAGCUCCGAGGCCCGCACUCUGCCUCAGUUCCUCUCUGCGCACGAGAGCCAAGCGUCGUCUUACGCUGCAGCUGUGCGCCGCUCUCCAAACCACCUCCACCCAUCUCCCUGGAACCACUCCCGCAGCUCCUCGCCAACCGCCAGCCUGUCGGCCAAGCUCUCGCCUCUCAGUCUCGGGUCGAAGGGCAGCAGUCCCUCCAGCACCACGUCGGAGAGCAACUCGGAGCGAGAACGACCACGCAGUGCCGGAGCGGCGCACGAGCACCGCAGGAGCAGCUACACGUUAGCUGCGGGAUGGGGGCAGGGUAGGGGGCAUGCAUGGACAAAUAAUAGAGGAAGCAAUAAUCAUAAUAAGGCCAGCAGAGGCUCACGGCAGCCAGGGAGGCCACGAUCCAACAGUUACUGUGUCACAUUACAGAACCGCCCACCAAUGAUACCGGGUAUAUUGUCGGUGACAGGAAGCCCCAGUGAGGAAAAGGAGGGGGGCAAAGUCAGCGACGGAGGGUGGAUCAAAGUGGAGCGUCAGAAAAGAUUACCUCGUCAGGACAAUAAACAGGUCAGAGGGCGGUCGAGGAGAGAGGGCAGGGGAGGGCGUGGUGCUGGUGGAAGACCAUAAUGUGGGCCACACAAAGAGCUGACAGCGUUUAUAAACUGAACACGCUCUGAGAA